AUGAAAGUAUUCGUGCAGCCAGCACUUUGUUCAACAACACUCGUUUAUCGCCCAAAAUCUUUAAUUGUUACAACCUGGAUCCUUGAUGUACCGAUGCGUCCAAAUAAAUUAACUGUUCAACUAUGGACAAAUUUAACCUCCUCGCAUUCUUCGCACUGGAUCAGCAUCGAAUUUAAAGAAUUAAAUGAUGGAAAAGCAUCAAAAAUAAUUGGAUGUGAUGUUAAAGAAAACUAUCGAACAUUUAAAGCUGUGGUUUUUACUAACCAUAUUAAUGAAGGAUAUUAUGAAUUUACUGUAAGAUUCAAAAGAGAGGGAGAUAAUGAAUGGCAAUGGGUCAGCAAGAACACAAAUCAGAAUGGCAAAUUAUUUGUGACCAAUAUCACUCAGAAGGUUGAACGGGGAAACAAACUGAUAAAUUCGAUUUUUUGUCAAAAAAUGGGAGAUCAACAUGUCAAUUACAAUUUGCAAGAUAAUAUUGAUUGCUGGUGCGUGUCAAGCGAUGCCAAGUUUAAUAAUGGACAACCAACUAGUGUCAAUAUUGGAAAUUUACAGAAUGUGGUUCGAUUUAUUGCAUUACGACGUCUCAAUGCUUGGUGGAUAGAACCAAUAACGGGCACUGGUAAACUAGACAUACAAGAUAUGGACGUUUAUUACAUACUAAUUCAACAAUCAACAAGUUAUUAUGUUGUCCUGAUUCCUCUGGCGUCUGACGGAUGCACAAGUAGUUUUCGAACCGAUAAAGAUGGGAACUUGCAAUUGUCUACCAUAAAUGAUAGCGGAAGUACUGCCACUGCGAAAUUUAUUGUUGGUUUUGGACAAGAUCCGUAUAUUGUUUCUCGCGCAUGCAUGAAACUUAUAAAAAUUCUUCUUGGAACUCUUGGCAAAUCUGAGGAAAACAAGGAUAAAAAGGAAGAACAAUUUUAUUAUGAUCACCUUGGAUAUUGUACUUGGAACGCAUUUUAUAAGAACGUACGUGGUCAAGACAUAAUGGAUACCUUGAAAUCAUUAGAUAGUGUUGGUGUACAUGUAGGUUAUGUUAUAUUAGAUGAUGGAUGGCAACAGGUUAAUCAAAUUGAUCAGCUAAAGAGCUUUGAACCUGAUCCUAAAAAGUUUCCCGAAGGAUUAAAAGGAUUGAUAAGCAAAGUUAAAGGAAAAUUCCCUUAUUUAAAACAUUUUGGGGUUUGGCAUACUCUUUGGGGCUACUGGUAUGGAGUUGAUCCUUCUUCUGAACUAUCAUCCAUCUACAAAGUAGAACGGGUAAAAAAGAAUGAUGGUCGACCAACUUGCCUUAUUGCAGCACAAGAUAUUCAAAAAUUUUACGAUGAUUUUUACAAUUAUUUAAGAGAUCAAGGAGUUAGUUUAGUAAAAGUUGAUUCACAAGGAAACUUUGAUUUGAUCUGUUAUGGAGAAAUUAAACAUCGAAAAUGGUGGCAAGAAUAUCAGAUGUUAUCUGGUCCAGGAUCAGAAGAUUUGGGUGGUAUAAGUAGACCGCUAUUCAGAAACAGCGAUGAUUAUUUCCCAGAUGAUGAAAAUUCUCAUGUUUGGCAUAUAUAUGCGAAUACAAUGAAUAAUAUCUGGACAACAAUGAUGUAUAGUUUGCCAGAUUGGGACAUGUUUCAAACAAACCAUAAAUUUGGCGAAUUUCAUGCUGCAGCCAGAGCUAUCAGUGGAGGUCCAAUGUACAUCACAGAUCAUCCAAAUGACCAUAAUAUCGAAGUUCUAGCAAAAUGCUUAAUCAAUAUACCAACUUAUAAUUCAAAUAUAUCAACUCCGGUAAUUUCAGCACCAAAACAAACAAAAUUAUCAACCAAAUUACUACAAAAAAUUUUAAGAAGCCAGAGUUCUGCUCUACCAUCUCUUUCAACUUUAUUUCAAGAUUCUACCAAAGUUGAUAAUUUGUUGAAAAUAUUCAACACCAACAAAAGGAUCGGGAUAAUUGGAUUGUGGAAUUGUAGAAAUCACGUAUUAAUGGAUCAAGUUUGUAUCGAGGAUGAUUAUGGUCAAAUAUUUGGAUCCGAAGAUCCUGACGCUAAAUACGCGAUGUACUUUUUCCAAAACAGAAAAGCGUGUUUAGUCAACUUUGACGAAAAAAUUCCCAUAAUUGUGCAGCCUGCAGCUUUUGAAAUCGUGACACUUUCUUCGAUCGAUGUUGCAACUGGACAAAAAUCCCCCGAAGGCAAAUUCAACAUAAUGGUCGCAUGCUUUGGCUUAAUCGACAAAUAUAACGGAUCUAGAGCCGUGCACUCGGCUGAAUUUAUAAGUGAAAAAGAUUACUAUUCAAAAAUAGGCUUAUCCAAAGCAAAAGAUCAAAAAAGCAGAGUGAUUUAUAAGGUUGAAUUAAUUGGGUACGGAGAGAUUGGAUUUUAUUUGGAUGGACCAGUAUCUGAGAUUAAAGCUUGUCUGGGAAUUAGGGUGUUAAAUGAUGAAAGAGUGAAAUAUGACAGCGAAAGCAAGUUGCUUAUGGUUAGAAUGGGGUUGAAAGAUAUGGAGGAAGAUGGGUUUAGAAAUGAAAUUGAUCGAGCAAAUGGAGAUAUUUUAAUGGUGAAAUUAUUUUUAGAACUUGUAAUUUGUUAG